GAUCUUUUAUAUCCUGAUAGCAUUUUUACUAAUGCUACCGCAUGUUUCUUUAUAUGCCUGCCUUUUUAAUAACCGGGCCGGCUUCUUCUAUUCCACGAUGAAUGCGACUAUAGUCAUUCGAUAGAUAGUACCCAUGUAGAUAACUCACGAAUCGGGAAAGUAACCCAGCGAAAGCAGAAAUCUAGACUGUAGUCUAUCUGCCUAAUGGAACUUAUAAAUCUUGCCUUUUAUCCAGACUCUUUAAGAUAUUUUUUAAUGUUGUCAAUCUUAAAUCCUUUUUAAUUACAUUUAAAGCACCUAUAGAAUAACUACCUACCUAGCUGCGAAAUGUUUUUGGCGGCCUUGCUCGUCUCGUUCUUGGCCUUUGUUGGGAAUGCGUCGGCGGCAACAUGGUAUUUCCUCCGGUACUAUCCGGCGUCCGGACAGAAGUUCACGUCGUUCUCCGGAGAUAUGACGAUCCCGGCUCUGCCGAAAGCUGGGACGUACUACUUGUGGCCGGGACUCCAACCUACUGACAAUACUGGUGUAUACCAGAAUGUACUUGAUGGGAGAAGUGGAACGUGGUGGAUCGGAUCAGGAUGGUGUUGUUCGAACCCUGACCUUCCAUGGGGAAGCGGCUUUAACACCUACGCCAACGAAAAGGUCACGUUCAGCAACAAGCUAGACAGUAGCGGCUCGACGUGGACGUCAACUCUAACCCGGCAAUCUACGGGCCAAAAGGUGACGGACAGUUUCCCGUUGGCCGAUAAAUCGUUUAACCAAGCAUUAUUUGCCAUCGAGCUUACGGGUGUCAACUGGGACUUUGGUCCGCUUGCGUUUUCGAAUAUCGUAAUUACAAGUACUGGUACCGACUCGAGCUGGUGCAACACAAAGCCCGAAAAUUACAAUGGAGCAAGCGUAUACUCCAUCAGCGGUCUGAGUGCAAGUGUGAGCGGCAAUACGGUGACCUGUAAAAUCGAUUCUGUGAUUCUUCAGAAACCAGCUUAGCUGAGACUUAAUAAUUAUAUAAAGGUUGAAUUUAGAGGAACCUUGGAAGUCUUUCGGGUUCAAAGUCAAGGAUAUAGAGUAUAAGAUCGAGUGCCUGUAUUAGAGAUAUUGCGGCCAAUCAGAUAAGAAGCUUGCAACUAUAACUUCGAAGAUACAGAUCUAAUAAUUAUUGAAUAAUUGGUAGAGGUUGAAUAGGUUUACACAAGCAACUAACUACCUAGAGGUACUUAGGUAACUAUAAUUGACAAUAGUCUUGAGUCUUUUGGCUCUUCG